UUAUUGUGCUCCCGCCUCCCUGCAACUGAUACUGCGUCUCUCUUCCAUCUCCAAUGCACGGACGAAGACAGCCUUUCCGCCCUGGCGGCGGCAGCGGCCGUCGGCCAUCACAACCUCCGCAGCCGCGGCAACAGCAACGGCAACAGCAACAGCAACAGCAACAGCAGCAGCAACAGCAACUUCACCUGAACCCUAAUUUCUUUCCAAACCCCAAUCUCUUCAUCCUCCAGCAAAACCCCAGUUUGUUGGCUCAAUUUAAUCCCUUUCUCCAAAACCCUAACAGCUUCCCCGAGGUCCAACAACAGUUUCCGAACAUGAAUAUCCAACUGAAUCCCGAACAUAAUAGUUUUCAAGCACCGCGUCAGAAUGAAUAUAAUAACAAUAACUUCCCGCAACAGCCCGUUAAGGUGCAAAACGAGAUGGCUGAGAAAGUUGAUAAGGCGGCGAGGAGCGCUUGGAAGGACCUUUUGAAGUCGAAAAAAAAUGUUUCAGCGUGGAAAGUUUCGCAGGCAGCGUUGUUGGCUGUGAAAGUCGACUCCUGGGAAAGUUUGGGGUUUCAAAUGCAGCAAGUGCCUUCGCUCAAGAGCAUCCUUGUUACAGAAGGGAAGAUCAAUGCAUUCAUACACUGCUUUGUUGCGGCUAGAAAAAUUACUUCGUUGUAUGAUUUGGAACUGGCAGUCUGUGAGAGUGAAGGCGUCAAAAAGUUUGAAGAGCUGGAAUUGGGUCCUUUGGUGCAGCACCCACUUGCUGUGCAUUAUUUUUCUCUGACUUCAAACGUGACUGAAGUUUAUAGAAUAAGGACUGAAGAAAUAAUAUCUUACCUUUGUGAGUUUAUUGAUACUCACAAAAAGAAAAGCAUUAAAGUUGAUACUUUUUUGGAUUUUAUUUGUAAGAAGCAAUCUGCCAGUGGCUGGGAACACCUUUGUCUGCGGGUCCAGGAUUUCAGAUUAUAUGUUAAUCAUAUAAAGCAGGCAAAAGAAUCAGAAGAUACUGUACUAGAAAAAUGUUAUGAGAAAAUCAGAAUGGAUAAUGGGAAACGCAGCAAGAAACGUCCGCUUUUUUCGGAACAAAAAAAGGAAAUGGAUGACCAUUUUAACACAAUCUCCCAGCGUCUGAAGUCUUUUUCAUCCGAAGAUACCCAGUUUUGUGGUAAACACAUAAGAUUUUUGUCAUCAAGUUCGGAGGAUGAUGAUAGCGAAGCUAAUCGAUGUGAAGAUAAUCAGAAUGAGAAUAAUCCAAACAGCAGCUGUAAUAAGUUGCUGUCACAUGGUAGAGCGGAACGUGUCGGUAGUUGCCCUUAUCCAUCAGCAACUGAAGAAAUGAGAAGGCUGGGUUUGAAAGGUGAAGUAGAGUCUACCUCUUGUACACCUAGCAGUGGUGUAAGGUGUGAUAUGGACAAUAAGCACUCCCGUGGGAAGAGAAGAUAUGAAAAUUUGAGUUCAAGCACUUCUUUACCUCGCAAGCUGGCUAGAAAGAAGAAAUUUGAUGCAGAUGUCAAGGUUAAGGGCUCUGACUAUCAGAGUAUAAGUGGUCAUUCACCUUCCAUUGAAUCGUUAAGGACAUUUAUUACCACUUGGAAAGAGGCAUGCCGAGAUAAUGAUGCAGAUGAGGUUCUUGAGAGGAUGCUUCAAUUUUACAACAUAAGGAAAAAGAGGAAGGUGAAGGAAAUGUUCACAUCAUAUCCAUUUGUUGGAUUGCUCUAUGCUGCUGUGACAUGUAUUAAAUUGGGAUUAUGGGAUAAUAUGUAUGAUACUUUCCUGACGUUUGGCCAACAAGAAAUAGGCAAUAAACCAGAUGAGAGUUCAGAUGAUUAUAUAAACAUUGAUGUCCAAUCAGCUAAGAAGGAUGUUGCUGCUCCAGCACCUGAAAUUGUUACAUAUAAACACGAUAUUGUAGCUGAAGAUAUUGCUAAGAAAAUUUCUGAGUAUUUUGAGGAUGAUGUUUUGCCCUUUAAAAGUCCCCGAGAAAAUAGAUUCCGUUUGUUGAGGAAACUCUGCGACUGUGAGUAUUGGCUGAUUGAACAAUAUUCUGCCGACAAGUUUGAAUCGCUUGGUUACGGAGAAUAUUUUGUGUUUUUGGAGAAAUAUACACACCUGUUUCCUCAUGCAUUACAAAAGUGCAUACUGGGUGGUUCAUCAAAAAAUGUUUGUCUGGAGGCUCACAUGCUGCCUAUUCAGUUGGACGUGUUGCUAUCACAAGCUUUAGAUAGCUUUCAGGAAAAUGAAACUGUGAAUAUCCAUCAUAUUUCGGAAUUGCUGGCUAGGCAGUUUCCUUUAGUAUGCUUUGAACUAGUGAAUAGUGAUCUCAAGGAAAACUUUCUGGAUAUGAUACAAGAAAAGAGAUGCAACUUAACUUCACAUUCAGUAUUGUUUUCUAUACCAUUAUCAAGACCAGCCAAUAUGGGAAAUUCAUCUGCUCAAGAUGAGAAGGAAAUGGGAGAUAUUAGUAAGUCUACUGAUAAUGCACUUAAAAGAGGAAUUGUUGCUCCUGUUACUAGCAGGGAUGCUAUUGAGGUCCUGCUCAAGGCCCCUAUGCUGGCUGAUUUGAAGUUGUGGUCGCAUUGGGAUAUUUUAUUUGCUCCUCAUCUUGGUUCAAUAGUGGAGUGGUUGUUAAAGGAGGUUAACUCCAAAGAGUUGCUGUGUUUGGUCACCAAGGAUGGCAAAGUAAUUCGUUUGGACCAUUCAGCUACUGUGGACUCUUUUUUAAAAGUUUCCAUUGAAGAAUCUUCUUUUGAAACAGCAGUUCAGUUGUUGUCCUUAUUUGCAUUAUAUGGCGGUGAACAGAGUAUUCCUCUAUCACUUCUGAAGUGCCAUGCACGAAAAGCCUUUGAAGCUGUUAUUAAUAAUUAUUUAGAGUCAGAACUUGAUAAAAAUACACUCAUGCAUGGGAAUCAAUCUUUUGAUCAGCAUAUAGCCGGCAAACGUACAUCCAGUAUUUUUGACAGCAAGUUUUUGAAUAAUAGGAAUAUAAUGAAUAAGGUAGCUCCAGUUUUGUCAAGGUUUAUACUUGACUGUUUGAGUUAUCUGCCAGUUGAGUUUUGCAGUACAGCUGCCGAUGUAUUGAUUUCUGGGUUACAAUCUUUUGUGAACAAUAUUCCUGCGGCUAUCUUGGCUGAAUGUAAGCAAAUAGAGCAUCGUCUCAUUCUUCAUGAAGUUGGUCUGUCUCUUGGAUUAUUGGAAUGGGUAAAUGAUUACCAAUCUUUUUGUUCUACUACGACCGCUGGAUUUCCCCCUGCAUCAUCAUGCUUAGAUGUGGUCAAUUCUGAGCUCAAUACAUCAUCAUCAAUGGUCGGCCAAGGUGAACUGGAUGCGCAUCUUGCUUCUUCGGAUGAAAUGCUGGUUUCCAGUGAGGUAGAUCACGCAAAAGAUAAACCAGCCAGUAGUGCGUCCGAUUCUGCUAACCUUUUACUCUGUACUACUGCAUAUUCUGAGCAAUUAUCAGGGCCUGGUAAUCACAUUGAUAAAGAUCCAGCAAAAUUUAUUGAAUCUAUUAGGCAGGAGGAAUUUGGUCUAAAUCAAUGUCUUUCAGCUACUGAAAGUAGCAUGUUGGAAAAGCAGCAUGCUCGAUUGGGCAGGGCUCUCCACUGUCUAUCACAAGAGCUGUACUCUCAAGAUUCACACUUUAUCUUAGAGCUGGUACAAAAUGCUGAUGAUAAUAUAUAUGCUACAAAUGUAGAGCCCACUCUAACAUUCAUUCUACAGGAGAAAGGCAUUGUUGUGUUGAAUAAUGAACAAGGUUUUUCAUUCAAUAACAUUAGAGCCCUUUGCGAUGUUGGAAAUUCAACAAAAAAAGGUGUUAACACUGGAUACAUUGGGAAGAAAGGCAUCGGUUUCAAAUCAGUAUUUCGGGUUACUGAUGCUCCAGAAAUUCAUUCAAAUGGUUUUCAUAUAAAAUUUGACAUUACCGGAGGCCAGAUUGGGUUUGUUCUGCCAACAGUAAUUCCUCCUUGUGAUGUUGACUUUUAUACCAGAUUGGCAUUGGCAGGUUCUGACCGCCUUGAUCGAAACUCUUGGAAAACAUGUAUUGUGCUACCUUUCAGAUCGAGCCUGCUAGAAGGAUUUGCCAUGAACAACAUUUUAUCUAUGUUCUCGGAUCUUCAUCCUUCAUUGCUACUAUUUCUUCAUCGGCUUCGAUGCAUUAAGUUUAAAAACUUAGUUGAUGAUUCAUUCAUUGUUAUGAGGAAAGAAGUUAUAGGAAAUGGCAUAGUAGAGGUUGCCCUUGGUAAUCAUAGGAUGACUUGGUUUGUAGCAUCCAAGAAAUUAAUGGUUGAUACCAUUCGUUCUGAUGUGCAAACAACAGAAAUUUCUGUAGCUUUUACAUUAAAAGAGACAGGUGAAGAAGGAUAUAUCCCAGUUCUGAAUCAGCAACCAGUUUUUUCGUUUCUUCCUCUCAGGACAUACGGACUUAAGUUUAUUCUCCAAGGAGAUUUUGUUUUGCCUUCUUCAAGAGAAGAAGUUGACGGAAACAGUCCAUGGAACCAGUGGUUACUGUCAGAAUUCCCUGAUUUGUUUGUUAGUGCUGAGAGGUCUUUUUGUUCUCUUCCUUGUUAUAAGAACAAUCCAGCAAAAGCUAUUACAGUAUUUAUGAGCUUUGUUCCUCUUGUGGGUGAAGUACACGGGUUCUUUUCUAGUCUACCACGAAGGAUAAUUUCCAAAUUGCGCAUGUCAAAUUGCUUGCUUCUGGAAAGUGAUAAAAAAAAAUGGGUUCCUCCUUGCAAGGUCAUGAGGAAUUGGUCUGACCAGACACGUUCUUUAUUACCCGAUGGUUUGCUUCAUGAGCAUCUUGGUCUGGGAUUCUUGAAUAAGGAUAUUGUUCUUUCAGAUUCAUUAGCCAAGGCUCUGGGUGUUGAGGAUUGUGGACCCACUAUUUUGCUUAAGUUUAUUUCUUCACUGUGCCGCUCAGAAGAUAAAUUAAAGUCAAUGGGUUUCGGCUGGUUAGCAUCUUGGCUCAGCACUAUUUAUGUAAUGGCACCUCAGUUUUUCAUACAAACUUCCUCAAGUAAUGGGGCCGAGUCUGAUUUCAUAUCUGACCUACAGAAAACUCCAUUUAUCCCUCUUUCUGAUGGUAAAUACAGCUCUAUGAAUGAGGGCACUAUUUGGUUGCAUUGUGACUCUGUAGACCAGGGUAUUAGUGAUCAAUAUCUUCUUGAGACAUUUCCAAAAUUGUUUGCUAAACUGCGGAUUGUGAAUCCAGGCCUUCUGGCUGCAGCUUCAACCAUUGAUGGUUCAUGCUCUGACGCAACAAUUAUGGAGAAUGCUGCAAGGAUGCUUUAUAAAAUCGGAGUCCAGCGGCUGUCCAUUCAUGACAUUGUAAAGUUGCAGAUUCUGCCAGCCAUAUCCAAUGGGAAAAUUGCAGUGGGGCAGGAAGAAUUGAUGACAGAGUACCUUGCCUUUGUUAUGUUCCAUUUACAAUCAAAUUGUACAACCUGUAGCCUAGAAAGGGAUAGCAUUAUUGCAGAGAUGCAUGAAAAGGCUCUGAUCCUGACAAAUUUUGGAUUCAAGCGAUGCAGUGAGGUGGCUAUCCAUUUCAAUCAGGAGUAUGGAAAUCCUGUUGAUGUGGAUAAGCUAAUUAAUGGGAUUGAUAUUAACUGGUACAAAAUAGAUGCUGCUUAUGUAAGACAUCCAAUCACCAAAUCCAUCUCUGGUGGAGUGUUGAAGUGGAGAAGUUUUUUCCAGGCAAUUGGAGUAACUGAUUUUGUUCAAGUAGUUGAUGUUGGUAAGAGUGUUCCUGAAAUGUCUCUUAAUAAUUUUAAGGAUGAAGUGCAAGCUAAAAAGAUGAUGUCCAUUGAUUCAGUUGCUAAAAACUGGGAAUCUCAGGAGUUGUUUCACAUAUUGUCCUGGAUUUCUUCUAGAGAUGAUAGGGAAAAGUCUGGAUACCUCUUAGAGAUUCUUGAUAAAUUGUGGGAUGAAUAUUACAGCGAUAAGGCUACUGGUUAUCACAAUGAUACAACUGGGGAGCGCAGACCAUUCAAAUCCUCACUUAUAUGCACACUCCAAAAUAUCCCAUGGAUAGCAUCAAAUAUCAACAACAAACUUCACUACCCUAAAGAUCUCUUUGAUGAUUGUGUGGCAGUAAAUUCAAUUUUCGGUCAAAAUGCUCCUUGUACCAUUCCAAAGGUGAGAAGUACAAAGUUGCUCACUGAUAUUGGAUUAAAAACUGAAGUUACCCUUGAUGAUGCUCUAUCUGUUCUUAGACUUUGGAGACAGUCUGGAUCUCAUUUAAAGGCUAGUGUCUUACAGAUGUCCAACUUCUAUGCAUACCUCUGGAAGGAAAUGACUCAUUCAAAGAAGAAAGUUAUAGACGAAUUACAUUCUGGACCUUUCAUUUUUGUUCCCGAUACAUGUAGCUAUUCGGAUGAGGAUGCUUUAGCUGGUUCUCUUAUGUCACCUCCGGAUGUUUAUUGGCACGAUACUAUUGGCUCCAUAGACCUAAUAAAAUCAGUUCACCCUGAAUGUGUAUCAGAUGUAGCAAGUAGUCCUCGGAUAAAAAUGUUGCAAAGCUUGUACCCACAUCUUCAUGAUUUUUUUGUGAAUGAAUGUGGAGUGGAUGAAAGUCCUCCUUUUAGCAGCUACCUUCAGAUUUUGCUGGAGUUAUCUGCUAUUGCUUUGCCUCAUCAGGCUGCAAAGAGGGUUUUUGAGGUGUUCUUAAUCUGGGAUGAUGCAUUGAGGUCCGGAUCAAUGAGUUCUGAAGAUGUAAAAUUCCUGAAAGAAAGUCUCCUGAAAAAGGAAUAUACAAUCCUCCCUACUAGACUAGAUAAAUGGGUUUCUCUACACUCGUCAUUUGGUCUGGUCUGCUGGUCUGAUGAUGAUAAUCUACGUAGAGAAUUCAAACAUCGUGAAGGUGUUGACUUCCUUUAUUUCGAGAAAUCCACUCUUGAGGACAAUCAGAUGCUUCCGGGGAAGGUCUCAGUUGUCAUGCAAAGGCUAGGAAUUCCUGUCCUCUCUGAGAUUGUAACUCGUGAGGCUAUUGCCUAUGGUUCAGAAGACAGUAGUUCAAUUUCUUUGCUGGUGAAUUGGGUUCUUCCAUAUGCUCAGCGCUACAUCUUCAAUGCGCACAAAGACAAAUAUUUUCAACUUAAGCAGUCUUGUUUUGAGAAUCUCAAACAUCUGAAGAUUGUCGUUGUUGAAAAGUUGUUUUAUCGGUAUAAGAUAAAGAAUUGUGACAUUGCAUCAAAGAGAAGACACCAUUGUAACUGCCUUCUGCAGGAAAAUAUCUUAUAUUGCUGUCGGGAAUCAGAUUCACAUUCAAUAUUUUUGGAGUUAUCUUGUUUACUAUUUGAUGGAACUCCUCAGUUGCACUUUGCAAAUUUCCUUCAUAUGAUCAAGACCAUGGCUGAAUCAGGUGCGACUGAGGAGCAAACAGAAUUGUUCAUUUUGAACAGCCAGAAGGUGCCAAAACUCCCUGAUGAGGAAUCUAUCUGGUCUCUUCAAUCUGUCUCAUCGUUGAUGGAGAAUAAUGCUGCGCCCAUAGCUUCUGACUCUAUGAAGGUUGAGGAUUCGAGCAAUUCAAAAUCCAAACACAGACCUGGCAUCAAAUCGUCAAACUGGCCACCUUCCGAUUGGAAAACUGCACCUGGUUUCAAAUCUGUUGAUUUAUCUAGGUUGAAGACACCAGGAUCUAGCAAUGUGAAAAUCCAAGAGGGGGAUUCUGCACAGAAUAAUUUUAAAACAGCAGAUAUUUGUCUUAAUGAUGUUAGCAGUGAAUUUAACAUUGAGGUUAGUUCAACAGCUCAGGGAGCAGUUCAAGUUGGGGCAGAGGUUCCAGAAUCCCUGUCUAAUCUUCCGAGCAACUUGGUGGCAUCCAACAUGAAUGUAGUAGUGGAUUCUGUUGAUCUCGAUUCUCUGGAUGUUGGUCCAUCAGUUUGUAGUGAGAAGGAUCAGGCACUUGCUCAGCAGGCAUUGCUCACAGGGAGAUUGGGGGAGCUCGUAGCAUUCAAAUAUUUCGCAGGGGAAGAAGUAGGUGACCGGUGUGUGAAAUGGGUAAAUGAAGCUAAUGAAACUGGACUGCCUUACGAUAUUGUAUUGGAGGGCGAUGAAAACUCUACUGAAUAUAUUGAAGUAAAGGCAACCAGGUAUGGAAGAAAGAAUUGGUUUCUCAUAUCAAUCAGAGAGUGGCAAUUUGCAAUUGAGAAAGGUGAAUCUUUCAGCAUUGCACAUGUAGUCUUGGCAGAUGAUAAUAUGGCGAGGGUAACGAUAUACAAAAAUCCAGCCAGAUUGUGCCAGCUGGGUAAUCUGAAGUUGGCAGUUGUGGUUCCAAAACCGUAGAGCGCAAGUGUUUCCAUUGCCAUACUUUUAGCAGUGGGGAUGGUGAAAAGUGACGGCAAUUCUAGCAGAUUUGGCAGACCAGCUAACAAUACUCUGAGAAAAUUCUGCAAAGGCUAAUGCUUGAAGCUCAAUUUAUGGACGAUCACGUUUGUACCAGAUCGUAAGGAAAGAUUUUGCUUCAACUUGCUGCUUUCAGUACAUACAGUUCAUUGUCUGCACACUUCCAUAAUAGUCGAUUGAGAGGGAGCAUUAUCACAAUGAGUUUGCAUAUUUGAAUCUAAUUUUACAUUAGAGAUAGCUUCACAGAAAAGUUUACCAAUGUAAAGCUGAUAUUGAAAUUAAAUUAUAUAUACUUUAUUUAUAGGAAAAAAGGCACGGAUGUGAUUGAUGGUC